GCAAACCGAUUCCAUGCAACGGUUUCCGGACUAUAGCUAAGUUCCUGCGUUCCCAUGCUAACUGAAACGCCAUUAGCUCGCCGACUUAAUGACAACCCAAUACUCUAAUUAAGGGGGGCAUUUACACUAUAAUACCUUUCCGACUAUCUGCAAUAGCCAAUUGCCCUGCAAAAUGUUCUUACCGACUCCUGGUUAACACCAGUGUAUUGUAGCUCUUUAACAAUGGACGAACUCCAAGCCCAGUCGGAAAGGGAGGCGCGCAUCCUUGCGCGACGGAAACGCAUUCAGGAACGCUUAGCGGCCCUUCGGGAGGGAGACCAUGGCGGUGGAAAGGAGGGAGAAAAGAAGGAGGAGAUCGGGAAGGGCAAGCAGCAGAUUAUCGAGAGCAAGCGGCGGUUAAUGCGCGUGAAGUACCGCACAGACCAGGAUGUUACAUCUGUGCGUGUCACCGGAGAUGAUCGCGAGAACCAGCACCGCAUUCAGGAGGAGCAGACGCGGCAGGACCUGCGCUCCAAGCUGCUUGCGGAGGCAGAGCAGAGCGCCCGGCAGAAUGCGGCGGUGGCCAUGCGCUGGGCGGACCUCUUCUCCAUUGAGGUGCCGCAGGACCUGUACAACGAGAUCGAGUCUCAGCGCCAGGCGUGCGAGCGCAUCAUCUCCAGCAAGGACAAGCUGAUCGGGGAAGUGCGCUCGGAGCUGAAGAAGAAGGACGACGAGUUCGUCAAGACACUCAAGCGGCAGGCGGAGGACAUCGACACGCUGCUGCAGUACAUGAGCCGGCAGUUCGUGGAGAUGCAGAACGCGUUCAAGGAGGAGCUGGACGAGAUCGAGAACGCCUUCCUGCAGGAGCGCUCGGACCUGCUGGAGGCCAACAGGCGGGAGAUGCAGGAGCUGUUCGACAGGAGGUCCAAGCUGGAGCAGGACUUCAUGGACCGCUACCUGGCUGCCGUGGAGACCUACCAGCAGCAGCUGGAGGGGCACCGCCAGAUGGACGCGGAGGAGUACCACAUCCUCAAGAUAAAGCUUGAGACCGACAUCCAGAACCUGGAGCAGCACCUGGAGGCCAUGCGCGCCACCUACCAGCUCAACACCGAGAAGCUGGAGUACAACUACCGGGUGCUCAAGGAGCGUGAGAAGGAGAACAGCACCACCAUCGAGAGCCAGAAGAAGAAGCUCUCCCGGCAGCGGGAUAUCCUGUCCUCACUCAAACAGCGCUACGCCGAGACCGACCGGCGCUACCGCGAUGAGAACCUGCGGCUGACGGACGAGUACAAGCGCAUCACGGAGCAGUUCAAGGACCUGCAGUCCAAGUUCCGACACUUCGAGCUGGUAGACACCAAGAAGUACAAGGAGGUGUGGGGCAUGAAGGAGAGCGAGGUGGCGGCGCUGGUACGGCAGCUGCUGCAGGCGGACAAGGUGCUCCACGAGCAGCAGCUGGGCUGGGAGUGGCGCCCCCCGGAUGAUGCGGUCUUCACCCCGGUGCAUGCGGCGGGGGCGGGCGGCGGAGCAGGCGCGGGAGCAGGCGGGGAGGGAUCGGCGGCGGGGGCGGACGGGGAGGAGGAUGAGGACGCGGCUGCACGGGCGCGAGAGCAGGAGCUUGCCGAGCGCGUCCGUGACAGCCGCAGCUGGGGCGCGCUGGGGCUGCUGUGCGACGAGGCGGGCUUCCUCAUUGACAUCAAGGCGCGACACAUGAUUGAGAGGCUGCCCAAGGACGAGCAGGGUCUGGUGAAGGCCGAGGCCAUCCUGCGCGCUCUGGGCAUCAGCGACGGCGCCUCCUUCGACUCCCUCAUGGACGCCCUCUCAGCCGACUCAAACAUCGAGCUCAGGGCCAAGGGCAUGGUGGCGCCAGCGGGCGGCCGCAUCCCGGAUGAAAAGUCCGAGCGCGGCCCUGCCGUACUGGUCCACCCAGACGACGCCGUACGGCGGCUCAAGGCCUUUGUGGAGGUGUACGGCACCGGUCCCAGUCGCUCCGGCGGCGGCAACAUCAGCGGUCCGCUGCGGGUGCAGGGGCUGCUGCGGCGUGCUGCGGAGCGCGAGCAGGAGUUCUGGACGCGCAUGACGCAUGUGAUCAGCGACAAGGGCAGCCGCGUGUGGCGCGCGCUUGAAACGCAGCUGGAGCGCUACCUGGCGCUGCUGCAGGAGCGCGCCAAGAGCCUGCGCGAGGUGGAAAGCCUGCAGCACCAGAACAACGAGCUGCGGGCGCUGCUGAACCAGUACCUGUCGUCGCGGAUCAAUGACGAGCUGCAGAUCCCGCCCACACAGAUUAUUUAGGCAGGGGAGGAAGGGUGGGGGGCAUGCAGGGGUCGUCUGGGUGUCGGGAUAAAUUGACGGGUGGGGUAGGUUGGAUCUUGGGGGGCACUACCCUUUGCUUAAGCUGGCUACUGCUCAUAUGAAAUGCCUGACAUGCUGCCAGCAAUGAACGGCGAGAGGCCUGCUGGUUAAACUGGGCUGGGCUGGACGUGACUAGCAGUGCUGGGCUGUGUCAAGAUUGCGACCGACUGCUGCUUUACUUCACCUUUUCUUGAAGUGAUGUACCAAUACACUGACUAUAUGGUCUAUUCAAUGGCGGCGGUGGUGACCACGGGCUGCACACGUUUUUGAACAAUGGGUUUGAAGCGCCCCCUCUGGCCCUCGGUGGAAUUUCCGAUUGGACGCCAGGCUGGACACCCAAGGUGACUGCAACAUAGCAGGAGGCUUACUGGAACCUAUCUGACCUUGCCUUACUCAAGUGCCUACAGUAACAUGCGCAGACUCCACCCUCAAGAG